AUGGAAUGCAAAAAUCUUAUCGGUCAAUCCAGAAUUAAGCUAAUUUCAAGGGAAGUUCUCAGAGCCGCCUAUGUGGUACAAAAUCUAGACAUUUUGAGGAGAUGCAUUUUUGUAGAAAUGAAUAAUUUUGAACUCAAAUAA